AUGACCAUCAGAGAUGCAUACUCUAGGUACUAUACAGUUAUCCAUUUGAACGCUAAGAAGGAUGCUAUUCAAGAACUUAUUGAUUGGAUCAAUCGCACAGAAAACUUCUUUUCUUCUAGAGGCGGCUACAAAGUUGGCAGCAUUAAAACUGAUAACGGUGGUGAGUUCAAGAAUACUGUGCUACAUGAGUACUUGAUUUCUAAAGGAAUUACUCAUGAACUGACUAUCCCAUAUAGUAGUUUUCAGAACGGUGCUGUUGAGCGUGCUCACAGAACAAUUGAAGAAAGAGCCAGAUCUUUAUUAAUUUCUGGUAGAGUUCUACCAGAAUUAUGGAGUGAGGCUGUAUUUUGUGCAGUAUAUCUCAUUAACCGUACUCCGGUGCCUUCCAAAAAGAAUUUUAUUCCGGCAGCCUUAUGGGUUCAAGUCGAGUCCUUUACUUUUGAUAAUUUGGGAACUUUCGGAUGUACUGCUUACAUUUCUUUACCACCUCAGCUUCGUGACAGUAAACUAUCUCCUACAUCUAUCAAAGGAGUACAUGUUGGCUAUGAUUCUCAUCAUAAAGGAUAUCGAAUCUACGAAAUUGAAACUGGUCGAAUUUUUGUCAGUGAUCAAGUCAAGUUUGAUAAAAAUGUCUUUCCUUUGGAAGGCGUAUCCAUUGCUGAACUUCCUCAGAAGUAUGCUACUUCUCCAAUCAAUGGUGUUCCAUCAUAUUCUACAGUAACAAGUGGAUCUAGUUCAUAUUGUCCUUCUGGAAAUAUUACUAUUUUGUCUCCACUUCUAUCUCCUCCUUCAGAUUCUCCUAAUGGGAAUGAUAUUGACCAUGACACCAAUAUGUAA